AGGCGCCGGUGUCUGUGAGGGACGGGCCCGGCCCAGCCCAGCCCAGCCCCGUCGGAUCACCUGUCUCGCCCGCCCGCCCGCCCGUUAUCCAGCCAAGCGAGGGGGCCUGAGGGGCGCUGAGGGAGCAGGUUGAAGUUUGAUGUCAAAGGAUGGUAGCGGUUUUGUAGCCAGGAGAGAGCAAAGUACAAGAGGGAUUUAGUGCUGCCUGCUAAUUUUGCUGAGCGCUUUCCUCAGUCACACCCUUUUUUUUAUUUUAAAAGCGGGAAGACAACGGAGGAUUUAAUGUUUUGUGUGGCGCCCGUUGGAGUAGGACCCAUCAUGAACAUAACGAAGGGCGGGCUGGUGCUGUUUUCGGCCAAUUCCAAUCCAUCAUGUAUGGAACUAUCAAAGAGAAUUGCCGAGCGGCUGGGGGUAGAGAUGGGCAAAGUUCAGGUGUACCAAGAGCCAAACAGAGAAACAAGAGUGCAGAUUCAAGAGUCCGUGAGAGGAAAAGAUGUCUUUAUCAUCCAGACUGUUUCAAAGGAUGUGAACACGACCAUCAUGGAGCUCCUUAUCAUGGUGUACGCCUGCAAAACGUCUUGUGCCAAAAGCAUUAUUGGCGUGGUCCCCUACUUCCCAUACAGCAAGCAGUGUAAGAUGAGGAAAAGGGGAUCCAUUGUCUCCAAGCUUCUGGCUUCGAUGAUGUGCAAGGCAGGUCUGACUCACCUGAUCACUAUGGACUUACAUCAAAAGGAAAUCCAAGGGUUCUUUAAUGUCCCUGUCGACAACCUAAGAGCGUCUCCAUUUUUGCUACAGUACAUCCAGGAAGAGAUUCCAGACUACAGGAAUGCUGUGAUUGUGGCCAAAUCUCCUGCGUCUGCAAAGAGAGCGCAGUCGUUUGCAGAGCGCUUGAGACUGGGGAUUGCUGUGAUACACGGUGAGGCUCAAGACGCAGAGUCUGACCUGGUGGAUGGCCGCCAUUCGCCCCCGACAGCCAAAAGUGUCGCUGCCAUUCAUCCUAGCUUAGAGAUGCCCAUGCUCAUUCCCAAAGAGAAGCCUCCCAUCACGGUUGUCGGAGAUGUAGGCGGAAGGAUAGCCAUCAUUGUGGAUGACAUCAUAGAUGACGUGGAUAGCUUCCUCGCGGCCGCCGAGACGCUCAAAGAGAGAGGUGCCUACAAGAUUUUCGUCAUGGCCACCCACGGCCUCCUUUCCUCGGAUGCCCCCAGGUUGAUAGAGGAGUCUGCAAUUGAUGAGGUUGUGGUCACCAACACUAUUCCUCACGAGAUACAAAAGCUGCAGUGCCCCAAAAUUAAGACUGUGGAUAUCAGUAUGAUCCUUUCAGAGGCCAUUCGCAGAAUCCACAACGGGGAGUCCAUGUCGUACCUUUUCAGAAACAUAGGACUGGAUGACUGAUAGUUUUUGGGAGGCUUUGAAGAAGAAGAAGAAGAAGACAAUAUUUUCAGGGGCCAAACUGGACAUGUACAGAAACCGAACUGUGAAGCAUUGUGGCUUGGACUUUGUAUUUCAAUGGAACCCAUUCUGUUUAGUUUCUUCCUUCUCCCCUUCCUCCCCUAUGGUUCGAUUCAGUAGAUGAAAAUUUCAGAGCUAUUUUCUUUGCGAUUUUUUUGAGAAAAACGGACUUUAUCCCAAAUAAACCCACCCAACCCCCCAAAAGCUUUUUUAAAAAAAAUCUAGUUGCUGUUAGAUUAGCUGCACCAUUUAUUAAGGGCAUAUUCCUUGGGGAAAUCUUCUGCUCAUUGUAGUGAGUUGCAUUGUGCAAGAGCCCUGCUUCUGUUCACACCCACCCACGCCCUUGACAACUUGGGUGACCAGGAGAACUAUUUGAAGAGGAAUUGUGUCCCUGGGGCAAUGAUGUGGAAUCGUCCUCCUGGUCAGACACGUAGGACCUUCCCAGAUCUCAUCUGCUUGUAUGCAAAAAUUAUAGCCUCGCACGCCGUAGAAACUCAGUUUAUCACAAAAGUGAACAAGGGCCACUAGCGUGGUGCAAAUACCCUCUUCAGUCUCUUGCUUUGUGCAACUCCUGGUUCAGCUUACGUGAAAGAAUGCCCUAGAAGAUGGGGCCCCCAAGCGUGCAACGCACUCGCACACACUGGGGGCUGUGGCUCCUAAGUGAAACAUGCCUCCCUCCCCCCCCCAAAAAGCAGCUUGCUUAUGAGUGCUUUAAAGGAUUAAUAACAUUAAAAGGUAGCUACUGUAUAGAAUUUGCAUCUGACAAGCCAAAAAAAAAAAAAAAUGAAGGUUGCACUGUCGUACGCGGUUCAGUGACAUUUUUUGUAGAAGUGUUUUUAUAGGAAAAGCAUAUGGAAUAUGCACUGGUAUUUAUUUUCUGCAACAAGAAGAAUAAAAGAUUUUGUUUUUGUGUGA